AUGGAAGACGACCAACCGCAUUACCGCGAUGCGGACCACCAACGGACCCAGCAGCAGCAGAGCGGUCCUGCGGGACAUUUUAUUCAGUCGGCUUCCCAUCAACAGCAAGCACCACUUUCGUCAGAUAACCUCCUCGCACAGAUGAUGCACAUGAUGCAGCAGCAACAGUUGCAGUACCAGCAGCAGUUGAAUCAGCUUCUUCUCCGACAACAGCAGAAUGAACAGCGGUCAGAAGAACGAUUCCUUCAGAGCGAAGAACGACAACAAGCAUUAUUCCAUAAUAUAGCGUCAUCAAUCAACGUGCAAGUUCCACCUAACCCCGAACAAAUUUUGGAUUCUCUUGCGGGAAUUAUUAAAGAGUUCCACUAUGAGGCAGAAAGUAAUUUAACAUUCGCAGGUUGGUAUUCGCGGUAUGACGACCUAUUUGAAAAGGAUGCUUCUCUUUUAGAUGACGAGGCCAAGGUACGUCUACUUUUACGGAAAAUGGGUGCCAUGGAACACGAGAGGUAUGUCAGCUUCAUACUUCCGAAGCUACCAAAAGAUUUUAGUUUAAGCCAAACGGUAGAAAAACUAAAGGGACUUUUUGGCGCCAAAGAAUCUGUUAUCAGCCGACGGUAUAGAUGUCUCCAAGUUUCCAAAAACCCAACGGAGGACCACAUUGCCUUCGCUUGCCGGGUGAAUAAAUCCUGUGUCCAAUUCGAACUAGGAAAGCUCACCGAAGAAGAGUUUAAGUGCCUGAUAUAUGUGUGUGGGCUUAAAUCUGAAAGUGAUGCCGAAUUACGAAUCAGACUUCUUUCCAAAAUCGAAGAACGAGACAACGUUACUCUCGAGCAGUUAUCGGAGGAAAGUCAAAGAUUGGUCAACUUGCGACAUGAUAAUGCAAUGAUUGAGUGUACUUCUAAUUUCGGUCAUGUGAAUGCAGUGAAGCAAUUCAAUGGGCGACGUUUUAGGAAAUCAGGAUAUGUAGCAGCCAAAACCGAUGCAAGUGAAAACAAAAACAAGCCAAAAUCGCAGUGUUGGUUUUGUGGUUCGUUACAUUAUGCUCGAGAUUGUACCUUCAGAAGCCAUAAGUGUUCCGAUUGUGGUCAAAUGGGACACCGAGAGGGGUAUUGUUCUAGUGCCAAGAAGUCGCGAGGAGCAGCAAGAAAGCGAGGGAAAUAUUCGGUGACCAGCAAAGUGGUUACAGUAAAUUUAUGCAGUGUGGAAAGUCGAAGAAGAUUUGUUUCUGUUUCAUUCCCUGGAGGUGAAAUACAAUUGCAGCUUGAUACAGCGUCCGACAUAACAGUGAUCAGCCAGAAGAUUUGGCAGAAGAUUGGAAGUCCAGUGUUGGUUCCAGCUACAGUGAAAGCAAAGACAGCUCGGAAAGUGUUUUGA